AUGGGAGGCGGUCCACAAGCUAAAACAUACAUGGGAUGGUGGGGUUCCAUGGGUUCUCCAAAACAAAAAUAUAUCACUUCAUACUCGGUUUCCCCAUAUGCCCAAAAGCCAUUAGCAGGUAUUUUCCAUAACGCCGUCUUCAACACUUUCAGAAGAGUCAAGGCACAAGCAUUGUAUGUGUUGAUACCAGCAGGGAUCUACUACGUUUGGUGGGCAAACUGCAGAGACUACAAUGAGUUCUUGUAUACCAAGGCGGGUAGAGAGGAGUUAGAGAGAGUAAACGUCUAG